GGGAGCAGCGGGGAGACAGGCAGCAGAGAUCUGCGCCAUGUGGGUCAGCUCCAGACCAGGCUCAACUCGCACUGAAGGUGCUUGCAGUGCUGCGCCCUAACUUGUUGUGCCACCCGGGAGGGCUGAAGGCAGCCAGUUUUAUAGUAACUUAAAUAAAUGUAUAAAAUGCAGAUAGGAAAACAAUCAUUUUUUAGUUUCAGUCAUGAAGUUUCACUGGAAGAAAACAUGCCAUUUAGAACUGCAACCAAACUUACAUGUGACUGUCUAGUAAGGGACUGGGGUAGCUGUAUGAGGUUGAAUAUAAGCUACUUUUGAGAUACAAAUCUUGAAUAAAUGGCAAGGUGUUUUGUGUUGGAAGGCUCAAUAUUUUUCAAAAUUGUCAAUACUUUUGUGUAUGAGUGGACAAAGUCAAUGUCAAGCAAAACUGAAGAAGGGAUUUUCUUUAAAUCAUAACUCGAUGAAACCUUUGAGAAAAGCUGGGAUGUUUCUAAAAUGUAACUAAGAAGCAGCAACCUGUUAGACAAAGUUUCAAAACAUACUUUGGGAUAUCAAGGAGGUGGCCAAGAGGGAGUCCUUUUGUGAAGGGAAAAGAUAACCUACCUAGUUUUAAAUGCUGCUACCAGAGGAAUGUUUAACUUCUGAGUUGGAUUUUUGGAACUGCUGAUGAGGACACCCAAUUUGUAACCGGUGGUGAUACCGGACUGUUCAGGUGUUGCCCCUGGGAGGGCAUGAUGGUGAGGAUGGAGAGUCCCAGGGAAAAUACAGCGAAGUAUCGCCCUAGGGCGAUAUAUCAGGAUUUUAGCAGCGUUUGGAUCUUCAGCAGCUCCGGAGUCAGCAGUUUCUGCCCCCACCAUGCAGAUCAUGGAGAGGAUUGUGGGAGAUCCUGACUUAGAUCCCUUCAGUCAGUCAGCAGAGUUGAGAGAUUCCUGGGCUCAGGUCUUUCCAGAAGUUCCUCCUGCCCAUGCCCAGGGCAGAGCUCAUCAUUCAAGGGUGUCUCCUGAAUAUUCCUCUGCUGCAGGCUUCUUCCAGAGGCCCCAGUGAAUGCCCAGGAGGGACUGUUAGAUGAUUCUCAUGCGAGUCUGUAUAUUCUCAGGUGCCUGCAGCCUGGACGGAGUUGGGUUCGGUCCCACCACCUGGCUGGACAGCAGAACUCUCCCCAGGGCCUCAGGACUGUGGUUCCAUCUAAAAGACACUUCUGGGGACAGUGAGAGCAGGUCUCAGAUCUUUUUCCAAGACCAGCCAGAAAUGAUGGAGUGCCAGGGAGAUGUGUCAUUCAAGGAUGUGGUGGUAGACUUCACUCAGGAAGAGUGGCACAGGCUGAACCCUGCCCAGCGGGCCCUGUACCGGGAUGUGAUGCUGGAAACCUACAGCAACCUCGUCUCUGUGGGUUACGAAGGCACCAAACCCUACGUGAUUCUCAGACUGGAGCAGGAGGAGGCGCCGUGGAUUUGCGAGGCGGCGUGCUCAGGCUGCCACUGCCCAGAAAACAUUUGGCAAGUUAACAUCCAGAGGAAAAGACAACAAAACACGCUUAUGAGGCAGAGCAUUAACAAGAAAACAGUGCCCAAAGAAAGAAGCCACGGACAUAAUAAGUUCGGGAAAAUACCACUUCUGAGCACUGACCUUUUCCCUUCAAUUCAAAACCCUAGUAACUGGGAUCCUUGUGGGAAAAGUAUGGGCCAUCAUUUAGACGUGAUUUGUUUUAAGAGAAAUUACUCAAAAAAACAAAAUGAAUGCUAUGGAUAUGGCAAAUUCUUACAGCACACAAACCACGACAGAAGACCUAAUGGAGAAAAACUCUGGGAAUGCAGACACUGUGAGAAAACUUUAAGCAAUAAUCCAGCACUUAUAUGUAAACCAGCAGUAGCCAGUUCUCUUGUGUACAAACGUAAGAGGGUCCCCCCUACAGAGAAACCUCAUGUCUGUAGCGAAUGUGGGAAAGCGUUCUGCUACAAGUCUGAAUUCAUUAGGCACCAGCGAAGUCACACUGGGGAGAAGCCAUAUGGAUGCACUGACUGUGGGAAAGCUUUUUCACAUAAAUCAACCCUCACCAAACACCAGAGAAUUCAUACUGGGGUUAGACCCUUUGAGUGUUUUUUUUGUGGGAAAGCCUUCACCCAGAAGUCACACCGUAGAGAACACCAGAGAACCCAUACAGGAGAGAGACCCUUUGUGUGCAAUGAAUGUGGUAAGUCAUUUGGUGAGAAGACAUACCUCAAUUUGCAUAGAAAAAUACACACAGGAGAAAGACCCUAUCGUUGCAGAGAAUGUGGAAAAUCCUUCAGUCAGAAAUCAUGCCUCAAUAAACACUGGCGAACUCAUACAGGAGAAAAGCCCUAUGGAUGCGAUGAAUGUGGCAAAGCUUUCUAUCAGAAGCCAAACCUCAGCAGACAUCAGAAAAUUCAUGCUAGACAGAAUGCUUAUAGGAAUGAAAACCUAAUAAUUGUGGGGAAACCUUGAAUCAGAUAGCCAGUUUCAUUGUGAAUGAGGAAGUCAUUUCUUUAUGUAGGAGAAAUCUCAUUGAUAUAGUAAAUUUAGUCACAACAAAUU